AUGAUUGAGUGUAAAGACAAUUCUACCAGUAUGGAUGCACUCUAUCAAAUAGUCACUAAUGAAAUUUGGGAGUCUUGGAACAAUGUUACUGAUUAUUUUGAAUAUCAGCCCUGGAUAUUUUCUCUCCUUGGAAGUGCCAUGGUCGGCCUGUCGGGUGUCUUCCCACUCUUUAUUAUUCCUAUUGAUGAAGGAGCUGAUCUUAAACAUGGACCUGGUGCUAAAACCUUAAAGAUGCUAUUGAGUUUUGCUGUUGGUGGUCUAUUAGGAGAUGUCUUUCUACAUUUACUUCCAGAGGCUUGGGAAAACAAAUCAUUAAAUAGUAAUUCAACUAAUGGACAUCCAUCAAUGGUUUGUGGGCUGUGGGUUCUUACCGGUUUUUUAGUGUUUAUUAUUGCUGAAAAAUUAUUCUUAGGAGCCGAUGAACAAGAAAUAGAUGAGGAUCAAGAUAUUGAUUGGGUGAAGGCAAAGAACCAAGAAUGUGAUGGAGUUUACAAUAACUGUGGAACCGACAAUAAUAAUUGUUUAGCUGUUAAUGGGAAGAUAGAAGUAAACAAGACUUUAUUGACAAAUGUAGACUCAACUUUUUCUGAAAAGAAUGAUUAUGACAGCUUAAUUUCUGUGAAUUUAAAAACAAAUGGCAUAAAACCGAAUGUUUAUAGUGAGCUACAUGAUAAAAGUGAUAUGCAGAGAAAAAAAUUGAUUGAUUCAGUUAAGUCAAAUAAAUUAUUGAAUAAAAUUGUCAAAAAUAAUAUCAUUAAAACAGCAGUAUCAGCAGACAAUGUAUCAAAUAAUUUGACGUUAAAUGGGAAAAUUCCAGAUAAAUUAACGGUGAAAGAAAAAUCUAAACAUAUCAGUGGUUAUUUAAAUCUUUUAGCCAACUGCAUUGAUAACUUUACUCACGGACUCGCUGUUGGUGGGUCUUUUUUAGUUUCUUUUAGACUUGGUGCACUUACAACAUUUGCAAUAUUAAUUCAUGAAAUACCUCAUGAAGUUGGCGACUUUGCUAUUCUUCUUAAAAGUGGAUUUAAUAAAUGGGAUGCUGCACGAGCACAACUUAUAACUGCUACUGGAGGAAUUUUCGGAGCACUUAUUGCGGUGUUGUGUUCUGGCAGUGGAGUUGAAUCCCGAACCAGUUGGAUUUUGCCGUUUACUGCAGGAGGCUUUUUACAUAUUGGAUUAGUUACUAUUUUACCAGAAUUGCUCAAAGAAUCUAAUCCAAUAGAAUCUUGUAAACAAUUAGGCGCUUUACUUAGUGGUAUUAGUAUAAUGGCAAUAUUGACGAUAAUUUGUGAUUGA